CGCGCGGCCUUAUUGACUCGAGCGCCGGCGCAACCCGCUCGAAGCCCCGACCCGUCGAGCGUCGCGCCAGCUCGCGCCCAUGCAGCUCCGCCGGCAACCGCUUCCCGCGCCCCAGCCGGGGGACCCGUACCCCGCCGCCCCGCUGCUCGCGCUGCUCCUGCUGCUCGCCCUCCAGGGGGCGGCGGCGGCGCCCGCGGGGUCUGGGGAGCCCGAGGACUCCGGGUGGCGUCAGGACGCGGAGCUCCCGCGCGGGCUCCUGUCGCAGGCGGCGCGCGCGGCGCUCCACUUCUUCAACUUCCGCGCGAGCUCGCCCAGCGCCCUUCGAGUGCUGGCUGAGGUGCAGGAGGGCCGCGCGUGGAUUAAUCAAAAGAAGGAAUAUAAAGUUGACCUGGUGUUUACCACGGAGCUCUACAACCCAGAGGAAGGUAAGGAACAUCUGGGGAAAUGUUCUGCUCGAGUGUUUUUCAGGAACGAGAAACCCAGACCGGCCAUUAAUAUAACAUGUACUCGGCUCAUUGAGAAGAAGACAAGACAAGAAGAAGAUUAUCAGCUCUACAAGUACAUGAAGCAACUUAAAAACCUCUUGGAUGUUGUCAGCAUACCUGAUAGUCAUGGACAUAUUGAUCCCUCUCUGAGACCCAUCUGGGAUUUAGCUUUUCUGGGCAGCUCUUACGUGAUGUGGGAAAAGACAACACAGUUUUUACACUACUACAUGGCACAGCUCAGCAGUGUGAAGCAGUGGAAAACAAACGAAGAUGCAAUUGAUUUUGAUUAUACUGUUCUACUCCAUGAAUUCUCAACACAGGAAAUGAUUCCCUGUCAUAUUCACUUGGUCUGGUACCCCGGCAAACCACUGAAGGUGAAGUACCACUGUCAAGAGCUACAGACACCAGAAGAAGCCUCUGGAACUGAAGAGGCAUCAGCUGUGGCACCGACAGAGCUUAGUAAUUUCUGAAAAGCAAAAAAGAUCUGUUUAUACCAAAUUCUGAACAAAAUGAUUAUACUAAAUAGCCUAAAUCAUUAUUCUAGUAAAAUAGCCAAGGUAUAAGGCAUUCUAAUCAUUUGGGAAAGCCUGUGAUUACAAGUAAAUACUCAAAAAUUAAAAGAUACUGGGAUUUUUGUUUUUCGAUUGGUUUGGUUUAGUUUUUAACUGUGGGAGCACAUGCAAACUGAACUCUGCUCAGUGCUAAACAGUUACUCUGCAGGUUCCUCGGGGUUUCAGCCCUAAAAUGUAAAACCAAGUCAGUCAGUGUAUGCUGCAGCUGGACCAGUAAGUAUUUUAGAAACGUAACAAUAAAAUUGACGGUCACAUCUAUAAAUCUGCAUUUCUCAAUGUUUUGAACAUAUUGUAGCUAACUAUUCUGUGUUGUUAAAUUGCUUCUACCUAGUAUGUAAAAAAGAUAAUAUAUUUCAAUGAAAGCAAACUGUAGGGAAAAUAUUACCUGUUUAAAAGGAACUUUACUAUUUUUUAUGAUUUUGAGCAAGUAUUCCUUUUAAAUUUGAUAUCUACUUUUAAAUGUUUGUUUCUAAAUAAAAUGUGUUACAUGUGUUUGUA